UAGCGCGCAUGUGCCGGCGCGCGGCCUGCCGGGAGGCGGAAGCGGAAGCGUGGAUCUCCUCGGGGCGAUGGCAGCCGGGGGUCUGAGCCGCUCGGAGCGCAAGGCGGCCGAGCGGGUCCGGAGGCUGCGGGAGGAGCAGCAGCGGGAGCGCCUCCGCCAGGUGUCGCGCAUCCUGAGGAAGGCGGCGGCCGAGCGCAGCGCAGAGGAGGGCCGGCUCCUGGCCGAGAGCGCGGACCUGGUGACCGAGUUGCAGGGCCGGAGCAGGCGGCGCGAGGGCCUGAAGCGGCGGCAGGAGGAGGUGUGCGACGACCCGGAGGAGCUGCGGCGGAAAGUCCGGGAGCUGGCCGGAGCCGUGCGGAACGCCAAAUACCUGGUCGUCUACACUGGCGCGGGCAUCAGCACGGCAGCCUCUAUCCCAGAUUACCGGGGUCCUAAUGGAGUGUGGACGCUGCUUCAGAAAGGGAGAAGUGUUAGUGCUGCCGACCUGAGUGAGGCCGAGCCGACCCUCACCCACAUGAGCAUCGCCCGCUUACAUGAGCAGAAGCUGGUGCAGCACGUGGUGUCUCAGAAUUGCGAUGGGCUCCACCUGCGGAGUGGGCUGCCGCGCUCGGCCAUCUCGGAGCUCCACGGAAACAUGUACAUUGAAGUCUGCACGGCCUGCACCCCCAACAGGGAGUACGUGCGGGUAUUCGACGUGACGGAGCGCACCGCCUUGCACCGACACCAGACUGGCCGGGUGUGCCACAAGUGUGGGGCCCAGCUCCGGGACACCAUCGUGCACUUUGGGGAGCGGGGGACCCUGGGGCAGCCCCUGAACUGGGAGGCAGCCACCCAGGCUGCUAGCAAAGCGGAUACGAUCCUGUGUUUAGGCUCCAGCUUAAAGGUUCUGAAGAAAUACCCGCGCCUCUGGUGCAUGACCAAGCCCCCCAGCCGGCGGCCCAAGCUCUACAUUGUGAACUUGCAGUGGACCCCAAAGGAUGACUGGGCUGCCCUGAAGCUCCACGGGAGGUGUGAUGACGUCAUGCAACUCCUCAUGGAUGAGCUGGGCCUGGAGAUACCCCCCUAUAGCAGGUGGCAGGACCCCAUCUUCUCCCUGGCAACUCCCCUGCGAGCGGGUGAAGAAGGCAGCCACAGUCGGAAGUCACUGUGCAGAAGCCAAGAGGAGCCUCCACCCAGGGACCGGGAUGCACCCCUCAGCUCAGCCCCCAUCCUAGGUGGCUGGUUCGGCAGGGGCUGCAGCAAACGCAGGAAAAGGAAGAAAGUGACAUAACCCGGAGCUUGACUGAGAACAACAAUCGGCACUUUGCAGAUGGCUGGGACUCUUAUUCAGGGGCUGGUGGCACCGAGAAGGCCAGGGCUGCCCCACAGGGUCUAGUGGGAGUUCUCGGCGGUGAUGUUUGUCUUUGCGGGAAGCGCCCUUGCACUACUGUGGUUGCCCUGGUGUGGGCCUGAGUGGUGAGGACACCUGGCCCAUCGCCUCUUCCUAGAGGUGGCAGCCACGCCUUCCUGGGAGAACAGAACGCGGGGUUAUUUCACAGCUGGCACCUGGCCGGCCAGGAGGAAGCACGCGCUGCCUUACGUCAUUCAGCAGGCCAGUCUCAGGGGCCUCCACCCUCUUUCUACUUCUUGCUAAAAAUGUUACCUUUGUAGGAACCUUUUUCUGUAUUGGAAUGCGGCAAUACGUACCGGCGUGGUUGAGCCUUGGCUCUCAGCGGAAACUUUUAUUGAUAUUAAAUAUCUCUGCACUGUC